GGCUUGGAAUCAGAGCAGCUCUGCCCACUGCUUCACACGGCUUCACUAAGCUUCAGCGGAAGGAAGGCAUGUACUUCGAGCCUGGGUCACGCUGCUGUUACCUGCUUUCCUCGUUGCAUUUUUUUUAUUGAUUUGAGAAAGCUGAUGGUCAACAGGAGGCAUGGCUGAAAACAAGACGUUCCGCUACGGGCUGAUCGUGCUGGGAUUGUUCCUGGUGAUGAUCGGCAUGUUCAUUAUGAGCGUGGACAAGCCCCACAUCUACAUUACCUUUUGCGCCCUGGGAGUCCUCAUGGUGGUCAUGGGCAUUGUCUGGAGCAUGUGUCAGUGCUAUCCCAAGGUCACAUUCGUAACUGUUGCUGAGCAGGAGUCUGAGUUCCUCAUAGCACAGAAGUACAAACUCUCUGUAGCUUCCAUUGAGAACGAGGUCCCAGAUAAAAAGAGUUCCAAUUCUUCAAACUACACCUGCCCAGAGGAAGCUGGCAUGUACGACCAAAGUCUCCCAGCUUACCACCAGAUUGAAAUAAGGAGGCUCGGAACUGAGGACACGCUGGGCCUGCAGUCAUCUUCCCCGGCACUCUCCCUGGAAUCCAGGGCUCAGGAAACCCUGGGGUCUGUGCAGGCCAGAGCAGAGGUGCACUGGGUCAAGAUGAGCCAAGGAGAAAGUGCAGCGCACGGUGCCAGCGAGGACACUCUGUCAGCUCCACGUGUGCCUGAGUGGUACAGGGCCGCCCCCCUGGCCUCCUUCAUGGAAGACUCUGCCAGCCUCUCCACCGCGGACCCUGUCUCCCUGCAGCAGCCUGGCCCCGGACUGACAGAGCUGCCUCGCUACGAAGACAUCGCCCUGAUCGAUGCCCUGCCCUGCGAGGGGCACUGCUCCUGCCAUGCCGACACCAGCGGCUUCCUGAGAGACGACUGCUUGCAACAGACUGAGCCUCCAUCACUGCUCCAGGGGAGGGAGGAGAAGGAGGAGGGGGAGCUCUACUAUGGGGUGACAGACGAGUUGCUGCAGAUUGAGUCAGACUUGGAACGGGAGUAGCGAUCCCCUGCAAAACGACCCUGCAAAUUACCCAAGUUUUGCAGAUCCUCAGUUCACACACCAUACUGCAAAAAGAUCGGAAGAUCUGAAGUACCCCCUUGAGAAUGAGAUGCAUAUCACAAGGGUUCUCUCCUUGUUAAAUAAAUACACCUGAAAGGAACCUGCGCCAGAAAUCCCUGUGACUCUGCAGUGAAUCCAGGGAAAAGGGGUUACAUUGGCAAUGGAAAGAGUUUGAAGCACUAUAAAUAUAAAUAUGGAAGCUAUCCAAUGUAAUCCGCCCCUGUGCAAGUGACCUCGAAGUCUACCUUUUUGAACCCUGUGCUUCUCUGUUUGUUUUGUACACACACACACACAGCCCGCACUGCUCCUGCUUACAGAAUACAUGCAGCCUAUUUUUACUCAAACACCUUCUGUACAGUACAUUCCUGCGUGCUGUACCCUAGAUGCACUACCAAACCCUCACCUGAAAUUCUUUAUAAAAUAAGGUUUGUGAGGUUCCCACUAGUGUAAUAAAUAAUAAUAAUAAUAUCAUUGAAAAUAAAAAUCACUAUACAGGCAUCGCUUUGCUUAAACCUGUGUGUUUUGAACAAUGGUGUUGCAGUUCUGAUGGCUCAUUGAUAAUGGUGGCACAUUCCAUACAAUCAGAUAAGGCACACUGCAUUCUCAUUAUACAUCUCAUUAUAAAAUGUCACCAUUAAAACCUCACAUGCAUACAUACACACACAGAUACCUGGGACCAUUCCCCCAGUCAGACCUGCUCCAAAGCCAGUAGGGAUGCUGCCAAGAGUGUCUGUGCCCCAGAGCGACACUGUGAAACAACCAAUAAAGAAUGAGCAGGGAUUGUGCAGAGAUCCAGAAACACGCUCUCUGUUAAUGUGUAUGAAAGAGCACAGAGGCAGACCGCAUUCCCCUUCAGCCCAAUCAGACAGAGGAUGGUUCUUCAAGGGAAAGCUCCUUUCAUACUGGAUGCGUUGAGAUCAGACAGACCACUAAUACAAUGUGACUGACCCAUUGUGCACAUGAUCUGGACACAAAUCAAACAUAACAAGAUUAAAAGUCCCAUUAGAAACAUCCAAAA